AUGCCUUCGAGUCCUAAUACGACUUAUGUGCCUGACGUAGGGAGCAUGCUCGCGGCUGGGCUCGCCCUGCCGCAGUCCGAGAUCAAGUUCGCGCCACUCAGUGACUACGUGACCGACGCAGAGGCCUCUCCAGGGGUCCCCCAGCGCGUGCCCGCGUCGACUGCUGCCACUUUUCCUGCCACAGCAACUGUAGCCAUUCCAGUGGCUACGACUUCAACGCCAACAUCAGCCACUCCUGGCACGCCGCUUGGCUCGUCUCAGCCGACCAAAUCCCGCCGACGUCGAGCAGAUGGAAACGGCAACUUGACGGUCGAGCAGAAGCGCCGGAUCUGUGAGAAACACCGGAACACGCCCAAGAUCACGCAAAAGGACUUGUGUCGCUGGGCCAAGCUCGAGUUCAACCUCCAGCGGGCGCCCACGCAGCCCACGAUGAGCAACAUUCUCAAGCACGAGCACAUGUUCAAGGACAAUGUACUGGGCGUGCUGGGGUCCCAGCGCAAGACGAUCCGUCCCACGCGACACGCCCAUUUCGACCAGGUGUUGGCCAAUUGGGUCAUGGAGAGACAGAACAAGGGCAACAUUACGGGGGACAUGAUCAAGACCAAGGGCCGGGAGCUCGUGAAGCAAAUGGGCUUGGAAGGUAAGUUGGGCUUUUCCAAUGGCUGGCUCGCGUCGUUCAAAGCGCGUCAUGGACUCAUGAAACGCACGAGCCCGAACCUCCAGAGUAGUGACAAGAUGCAUCCGGCCUCGACGACAAAUGUGCUGUUGACAGCAAGCAAAGACGGUGCUGCUUAUGGCGGCAUCUUGGACGCGAACAGCGGCAUGCUGCCCAAUGGAUUGUCCGUAGACCCGAAUUAUAUGCUGCCACCCGUGUCGAUGGACUUGACGAUGGAGCAGAUCCAGGAGAUGCUGCGGGACUAUGUUCCAGGUGAUGUCUAUACUGUGGACGAGACGGGCUUGUUCUUUCGUGCGUCGCCGAAUAAACUCGUGCAGGGUGAUGAAGCUCAAGUGAUGCUCGCGGAUGAGGCAAGACUGACGGUGCUGCUGGCGGUAAACGCGGACGCUUCGGAUUUUAUGGAGCCGUACAUUAUUGGCAAUGUCGUGCCGCCAAAGAACAUCAAAAUGGCCUCGAUCUCACAGCUUGGCUACCACUACGUGUGCAGCAGCAAGGCUCGCAUGACGGUGUUUAUCUUUCAGCAGUGGCUUCGUGACUUCAAUGCACGCAUGGCUAGCGCCCACCGCAACGUUGUGCUGCUCAUGGACAACGCUCCGUCUCAUGUGCUAGGUUGUGUUGCUCUUUCGAACGUGCGGGUGGUCAUGUUUGCACCGCAUUUGGGUAUGAAGGUGCAACCUAUGCGCGGCGGCAUUUUGUCUGCUUUCAAGGGCAAGUACCGACUCAAGCAUCUUACGCUAGCCAUUGACCACCUGGAAGACGGUCUGUCGAAUGUCUACCACGUGACACAGAUCCAGGCCAUGAGCUGGAUAGUGGAUGCGUGGCAGCAGACUUCAAAGGAGAUAAUUGUGAACGCUUGGAAGCCGCUGGGUAUUGCUGCACCAUUCACUUUUGACUCGAGCAUGAGUGGAGCGGAUGACAAGAACGUUGAAGAGGAACUGUGGGGGCUCCUUUACUGCCUGCAGCUCAGCGGUAUCGUAAACACGAAGGUGCUGGUGAACUCGCGCUGGGAGAAUGAUAUUCACAAGCGUUUGAACGAAGACAUGAUUGAAGAUCCGCAGGAGAACGAGGAGGAGUUUUUUGUGCCAGAUGCCACUCCUGUGGAUCAGCCAAGCAUAGGUGGUGGCCAAAUGUCCGCCGACGAAGAUCAGCAUUCGGGCGUCCAACCCAUUACUCCUAAGGAACAGCUGAAGGCAUUCCGCGAUGUCAUUCGGUACCUCGAGCGUACAAGCAGGGAUGAUGCCCGCGAUCCGCAGUUGCUGAACGUCAUUGAAUUUCUCAAGAAGAAGCAGCUGAGCCUGCGCUUCGACAACGCCAGCAACUCGACGCUCACUAUAUAG